AAAUCCGCGAUGCUUCCAAUUAUGUUCCCCAAUUCCGAUUCCUUUCCCUCUGAACAAUUCUGACGACCCUUUAUAUCAUCUCCCCUACACUAAGCACUCAGUACUACUAGUCCUUCAAAUUCUCUCAUAACCGGCAGACCCUCUCUCUCCUGUCCCUCAGGGAGGUACAGCAGGGUUCUGCGUCGACGUUCGAGAUCCGAUCUCAUUUGAUUCAUGUCCUGAGAGAGCCAAUUCGAUUCAGACGCAACAAAGAAAUGGGGAUUCUCUUCACCAAAAUGUUCUCCUCCCUCUUUGGGAACAAGGAGGCUCGGAUCCUCGUCCUCGGUUUGGACAAUGCCGGCAAAACCACUAUUCUCUAUCGGCUUCAGAUGGGGGAGGUUGUUUCCACAAUUCCAACGAUUGGAUUCAAUGUUGAGACCGUGCAGUACAACAACAUCAAGUUCCAAGUCUGGGAUCUCGGUGGACAGACAAGUAUCAGACCAUAUUGGAGAUGCUAUUUUCCAAAUACUCAAGCCAUAAUCUAUGUCGUUGACUCUAGCGACACGGACAGGCUAGUAAUAGCUAAAGAGGAGUUUCAUGCUAUAUUGGAGGAGGAAGAGUUGAAAGGUGCAGUUGUCCUUAUUUUUGCCAAUAAGCAGGAUCUUCCUGGUGCACUUGAUGAUGCUGCAAUAACUGAGGCUUUAGAGUUGCACAAGAUAAAAAACCGUCAAUGGUCUAUCUUUAAAACUUCUGCCAUUAAAGGCGAAGGUCUUUUUGAGGGCUUGGACUGGCUGAGUAACACACUGAAGUCUGGAGGUGGCUAAUUCAUUGGUAUUGUAAAUCAAAAGCUUGCUUCUCCAAUUUGGGUGGAAUGACGUUCUGAUAUAGAAGAUUUCAUCAAGAUGCAUACAGUUUAUCAGUUGAUCUUCUCCAAUUUUUCUUCUGUUGCCAUUUUGGACUAAACCAGUGAUAUACAAGUCAACUUUUCAUCGUC